AUGUCUCACAAAUCUAGUACAAACACUACAACCCCGGUGUCUACCAUGUCCGACAAAUCUAGUACAAACACAACAACCGCGGUGUUAACCACGUCCAACAAAUGUAGUACAAACACUACAACCCGGAUGUCUACCAUGUCCAACAAAUGCAGUACAAACACUAGGGCCCCAGUGUCUACAAUGUCUCACAAAUCUAGUACAAACACUACAACACCGGUGUCUACCGUGUCCCACAAAUCUGGUACAAACACUACAACCCCAGUGUCUACGAUGCCCUGCAAAUCUAGAACAAACUCUACUACCCCGGCGUCUACCAUGUCAAACAAGUCUAGUACAAACACAACAACCCUAGUGUCUACCUUGUCCAACAAAUCUGGUACAAACAAAACAACCCCAGUGUCUACCGUGUCCGACAAAUCUGGUACAAACAUUACAAUCCCAGUGUCUACCACGUUCAUCAAAGCUGGUACAAACACUACGACCCCAGUGUCUACCAGGUCCAACAAAUUUAAUAUACAAACUACAAUCCCAGUGUCUACCACAUCCAUCAAAUCUGGUACAAACACUUCGACCCCAGUGUCUAACAAGUCUCACAAAUCUAGUACAAACACUACAACACCGGUGUCUACCGUGUCCCACAAAUCCAGUACAAACACUACAACCCCAAUGUCUAACAAGUCUCACAAAUCUAGUACAAACACUACAACACCGGUGUCUACAUUGUGUCACAAAUCUGGUACAAACAUUACAACCCCAGUGUCUAACAAGUCUCACAAAUCUAGUACAAACACUACAACCCCGGUGUCUACCGUGUCCCACAAAUAUGGUACAAACACUACAACCCCAGUGUCUACAAUGUCCCUCAAAUCCAGUACAAACACUACAACCCCAGUGUCUACAAUGUCAAUCAAGGCUGGUACAAACACUACGACCCCGGUGUCUACCGUGUCCCACAAACAUGGUACAAACACUACAACCCCAGUGUCUACAAUGUCAAUCAAAGCUGGUACAAACACUACGACCCCGGUGUAUACCGUGGUCAACAAAUCUGGUACAAACACUACAACCCCAGUGUCUACCACGUCCAUCAAAUCUGGUACAAACACUACGACCCCGGUGUCUACCGUGUCCCACAAAUCCAGUACAAACACUACAACCCAAGUGUCUACCAUGUCCCACAAAUCCAGUACAAAUACAACAACCCUAGUGUCUACCAUGUCCCACAAAUCUAGUACAAACACUACAACCCCAGUGUCUAACAAGUUCCAUAAAUCUAGUACACACACUACAACCCCAUCGUCUAACAAGUCCCACAAAUUUAGUACAAACACAACAACCCUAGUGUCUACCAUGUCCCAUAAAUCUAGUACAAACACUACAACCCCAGUGUCUAACAAGUUCCCCAAAUCUAGUACAAACCCACCAACCCCAGUGUCAACCACGGGAAACAAAUAG